AUGGCGUCGACCUCGGCCAAGACUCCAGCUAGCCACGGGCACAGCUUUAGACAGAAAACGUUCCAUAAACCUACGUUCUGCCAUAGCUGCACCGAUCGGCUCUGGGGCAUCAUUGGACAGGGGAACUACAUCUGCGAAGUUUGCAACUUCAUGGUGCAUGAACGCUGUCUCACGGCCGUCGUGUCUCCCUGCUCCAGCAUCGCGGCAAACCUCAUUAAGAAUCCGGUUGCACAUUGCUGGUCCGAACCGGUACAUCAUAAAAAGAAAUUUUGCAAUGUUUGUCGAAAACGUCUUGAGGACACGUCUCCGUCCGUACACUGUGAAAUUUGCGAGUACUUUGUGCACACGGAUUGUCAAGACUUUGCUUUGGCGGAUUGCAAGGAGAAUGCGACGUACCUGCCGGGAAAGGACCUGUCGUCAGUCACUCAUACACAUCACUGGCGAGAAGGAAAUUUGCCGACCAAUUCAAAAUGCGCUGUAUGCAAAAAGGGCUGCUGUUCUACUGAGUGCCUGUCGGGAUUUCGAUGCGAGUGGUGUGGCAUGACGUUACACUCUUAUUGCCGCAAAAGUCCGGCCGUAAGACAAGAAUGCACCUUCGGAAGUUUAGAACCGAUUUAUCUACCUCCAUACGCAAUCAGCAUCCCGCGAAGCGAUGUGCCAAUGGAGGCAAUCAUCGGUGUACAUUCUCGACGGAGAGAAAUCUCAACGCAUAACACCGGAGAGCAAUUUGAUUUUGCUGAGAGCGAACGAAUUGGGGCGACAGGUCAUCUAGCCGAAGCUUUCAGGCGCCUUUCACUAGUUUUUCCACGUAGCUGCCAUGGAAAUUGUCAUGCUUCCCCUCCUUAUGUUCGAGCGCGAAGUAUCUCGGAGGAAUUUAGCAGCGGAGACACUAAAAAUCGUGACAGCGAUGACGCGAUGCAACCCAGCACCGGUCACAAUAGAGAUCCUAAAUCUCCAAAGGAUAAGGACGAUAAAGAACGAGGUGAUGAAGAAAUGAUUAAAGUUUACGACGGCAAUUUGUCCCUUAAGCGAAAAAUAUUCCGGGUAAUCUCAGUUCCUCGGCAAGCAUCUACAGCGGAAGUUUUAGCGGCGGCUCUUAAAGCGUAUCACAUCACGGAAGUACAUCUGAGUUCUUUUUAUCUAACUGAUUUGUACGCGCCCGAAGAGACGCGGUUGUGUGAUCCAACGCCAGUACUUAAUUUGCAUCGUAAAGAAGGCAAACGCCGAGGUGUUUUUCUGCGACAUAGAGACCAAUUAAGUAGUGAAGUUCGUGUCUACCCUGGUAAACUUAAUGUACUUCAAACUUAUUGUACAGUAACAAUAAAUGAAGAAACAACAGUAGCUGAUCUUAUGAGUGAAGCACUGGUUCAAUUUAACCAACCCAACGCAAACAUUGAAGACUAUAGAUGCAGUGAAGUUCUCAUGGAUCGUGAUGAGAGGGUGAUGGACACUGCCGAAAAGCCAUUGGAGAUAUUAAAACAAUUAGGAAAAGAUUCUAUUAGACAACGGGAGCUAAUGAGAUUUUAUCUACAAUUAAAACAAGAUCCACACGGUUCUAAUGUCGCACUAUACGUUGCCAAUUUACCAGCAAGCUUAAAUGAGAAGCUUUAUGAAAAUAUUCUCAUUGAUUUUUUAGGAAUAGAAAACAAAUUCAAGUCGAUCGGUCCAAUUUAUUAUGAGCACGGGUGCAUGGUAAUAAUUUACGAAGACCUGGAGAAAGCCGUUCGUGCAUUAUACAUCCUACGUGAAUCGAAAUAUGAAGACAAAAAUCUGCUGGUUAUGCUUCUACCAAGUAUUGAACCAACCAUGAUACCAGCGGGUGUCCAACCACUGUUGGUAUUUGUCAACGUCAAAUCGGGUGGAUGCCAAGGUCACGAAUUAGUCACCAGUUUCCGCAAACUCUUGAAUCCAUACCAAGUAUUUGACUUGGACAAUGGCGGUCCACUUCCCGGGAUGUAUAUGUUUCGGCAUAUAAGGAAUUACAAGAUACUUGUUUGCGGUGGCGAUGGCACGAUAGGAUGGGUAUUACAGUGUUUAGACAAUGUAGGACAAGACAGUGAGUGCUCGUCACCAGCCUGUGCAAUUGUGCCCUUAGGAACGGGUAACGAUCUUGCACGAGUAUUAUGUUGGGGACCCGGUUAUACUGGUGGCGAAGAUCCAAUUAAUCUUCUACGAGAUGUUAUCGAUGCUGAAGAGAUUAUGCUCGACAGGUGGACUGUUGUAUUUCAUCCUCAAGAUCAAGAUGAUGCUACGGGAGCUGGAUCUACGAGUGAAGAUAACGCACAAAUGUUUGUUAUGAAUAAUUACUUCGGUCUUGGUAUUGACGCGGACCUAUGCCUGGGAUUUCACAACGCCCGGGAAGAAAAUCCUGAUAAAUUCAACAGUCGAUUGCACAAUAAAGGAGUCUACGUUAAAAUGGGAGUAAAGAAAAUGUUGGAUAAAACGUGCCGAGAUAUGCAAAGGAAAAUUAGGCUGGAGGUUGACAAUAAAGUGAUUGAUCUGCCGCCACUCGAAGGAAUGAUUAUUUUAAACAUCCAGAGCUGGGGUUCUGGAGCAAAGCCAUGGGGCGAUGGCCCAGACGACCAAUUCCGUAAACCAAAUCAUUACGACGGUUUAUUAGAGGUCGUAGGAGUUACAGGCGUUGCACACUUGGGACAAAUCCAAUCUGGUUUCCGCUCAGCUAUGAGAAUAGCACAAGGCGGACAUAUAAAAAUUCAUUUGAGUUCGGAUGUACCAGUACAAGUCGAUGGUGAGCCAUGGACCCAGACUCCAAGUGUAGUAGUUAUUCUCAAGUCUGCUCUCAAGGCCGCGAUGCUGAAGAAGACGAAGGGUAAAGUCAAGCGACGGGAUACAGACGCAAAUAUGCCAUCAACAGGACCACAACCAUCAACAUCCAAUGAUCCAACGGAUCCAGAGGUAUUCUGA